AUGACUUCCACGCACCAAUUUCACCGAAUCCACUGGACACCAGGUCCAUUGUCCCCAGAGCCACUAGAAUUCACAAAAGUGGUGUUUGUGGUAGAAGAAAGCCAGUGCGAAAGCCAUCAGCUAGCCACGUACCGAAACCAGCUUAGCAACCUAGGUUACACCACUGCCGUCAUCACCAACCCUGAAGAGCUCAACGCCGAGCUGACAGAAAAAACACCGUCCAUCGUCGUACACAUUCCGUAUGCCGCAGAUGGCCGCGAAAAUGUCUACUCUGCGGCCGUGGCCUCGUGUGCAAGCCUGAUUGCCAUCGCGCAGGUGCUGGUAUCAUCCCAGCCUUCCCAGGCCUCGGGGACGGAGACGGCGAAGGGUGCUGACUCCGUUAAGCUGUUCUCGCUGGUCAAGAACCACGAUGGAAUUAGUCAAUUGGGGUAUGCGCCUUUGCAUGGGCUGGCGCGCGUGCUGAAGAUGGAAAUCCCCGAUCUCUUUGGGGGGUUGGUCGAGGUGAAGGAGGAGGGAUUGCGGUUUCCGCUGUCCGCUAUCACAUCUGCACGGGGAUUUGACAUAAUCAGAGUGUGUGAGGAUGAGGAAGAAGGAAGGCCGCAAACGGCGGCACUUCAGCCCGUAUUGCUCCCCGACGGUGAGGAGAAACAGAGACAAGCGAUGGCGCUCGAUUCGGAGUCCACAUAUCUGAUUACAGGUGGGACAAGCGGCAUAGGCCUCGAGACUGCUAGCUGGAUGGUUGAGCAGGGCGCUCGUCAUCUGAUACUUCUGAGCCGACGUGGGGUAGAGUCCGAAGCGCGCGACAUCCGUGCCAACACUCUCCUAGCUCGCAUCGCUGAGAUGGAGGCCUUUGGCGCCAAAGUCCAUGUGCUGGCCAUUGACCUCAGUCUGCUCGGCGCAGACUCCACGCUACGGCAGGCCAUCAGUAAACUCCAUGCUCCAGCCGUCAAGGGCGUUGUGCAUGCCGCAGGAACGGCAGGGUAUCACACACUCAAAGGCUGCACGCGGGCUGAUAUCGAGAACGUAUUCGCCCCGAAGGUGCGAGGCGCUCUGAGCCUCGAUGCAGUCUUUCCACCAGCCACAUUGGACUUCUUUCUCCUGGUCUCGUCCAUUGGACAGUUGGUCGGGUUUCCGGGCCAGCUCUCCUACGCGCCAGCGAAUGCGUUUCUAGACGGGCUGGCGGUCCAGCGAAGACGCGAAGGGGAUAACUGCACUUCAGUUCAGUGGACGACGUGGCGCGGCGUAGGACUGUCGGUUCAGUCAAAGUCCGCGACUCGUAUGAUCAACAAAGGGAUGAAAGACCGAGGCAUUGAGGACAUAUCUAAGGAGGAGGCGCUCGAGGCCUGGGGGCAGAUUCUCGCGCUUCGGAUAGACCAGGUGGCGGUGGUACGCGCGUUGGAACUCGGCCCCGACGAGCACCUGAGGCAUCCAAUUCUUAGGGAAAUCACACCGCGGAAGAAGCCUAAAAGGUACAGCGACUACCCGAAACAGGCCGUGGCCGUCGUGGGUAUGGCCUGUCGGACGGCCGCCGGUGAUACACCAGACGAACUCUGGGAGGCACUGCUGACCGGGGAGAGCACGGUUCGUGAGAUUGACCCCGUUCGGUUCCCCGAGGCUUCGGCUAGGACGAAAAACCGUCUCUGUGGUCACUUCCUCUCCGAUAUAGAAUCCUUCGACCACAAGUUCUUCGGGAGGUCCAAACGCGAAGCGGCGGCCAUGGACCCGCAUCAGCGACUCAUGCUCGAGACCACAUACCACGCACUCGAAGCGGCAGGGUGGGUCAGCGGCGAGCAAUCAGCAUCAGAGACCCAUGACCCCCUCACCGGUCAUAUAACAGGAUGCUUCGUGGGAAUGAACACGCAAGACUACGUCCUGAACCAGGGCUCGCAACCGCCCUCGCCGUACACGGCGGCAGGGAUGCUGCGCUCCUUCGUGUCAGGUCGUCUGAGUCAUUUCUUCGGCUGGACAGGUCCCUCGCAGAACAUUGACACGGCAUGCUCAUCCGCCAUGGUGGCCAUCCAUCAAGCCUGUCGCGCUCUUCAGGUAGGCGAGUGCACGCGGGCGAUCGCGGGUGGCGUCAACUUGAUCCCAAACACGGCUUUGUUCGACGCUUUACGCACGGCAGGCUUUCUCAGCGAGACAGGCGCCUGCAAGACUUUUGAUGCGCGUGCCGAUGGUUACUGUCGAGGCGAGGCCGUUGGGGUUGUUGCUCUGAAACCGCUGGACCGUGCGCUCCAGGACGGAGACGAGAUCCACGGCGUGCUUCUGUCAACCGGCAAUAACCAGAACAUCAACAAUACCAGUAUCACGAAUACAGUGCUCGAAAGCCAGGCAGCAUUGUAUAAAGAUGUGCUGGCGCGCGCGGGAGUCGAUCCACACGAAGUCUCCUACAUCGAGGCCCAUGGCACGGGCACUCGCGUCGGAGACCCUAUCGAGGUCCAGGGGAUCCGACAGGUCUUGGGUGGGCCAGACAGGCGAUCGGUGCUGCAUAUGGGCGGAGUGAAACCCAAUGUCGGCCAUUCCGAAGCAGCAGCGGGUGUCAUCUCACUGAUCAAGGUGCUGCUCAUGUUCAAGCACGGCAAGAUCCCGCCACAGGCACAAUUUACGGCAUUGAACCCCAACAUUGCCGCGCUGGAACCAGAUCACAUGGCGAUCCCGACGUCGUUGAACGAUUGGGCCGAUGAGACGCGCCUGGCCCUGGUGAACAGCUUUGGUGCGUCUGGUAACAACGCUGCUGCUAUCGUUGCACCUCCGCUUGCUCAACGUACCAGCCAGAUGAGACCAACUGAAUUGGAACCUACAUCGGAGUGGCCGGUGUUUCUUUCGGCUGCAUCCAAGCCCAGUCUCUUGGCGUCUUGUGCCAAGCUCCGGGAGUAUAUCUGCGGCAAGAGCAAUGACAUUGGCUUACCUGAGCUGGCGUUUGCUUUGGCAGCGAAAGGCAAUGGGCAGCUUCAACAUCGGUUCUCCACAACAGCAAGAUCGCUGUCUGAUCUGCAGGCCCAGCUCCGCAACCCGGAAGCACAUAUCUCCGUGUCGGACUCCAAACCCAUCGUGCUGCUUCUGAGCGGCCAGAAUGGAACCACCACCCCGGCAGUGAAAUGCCUCUACGACGACUCGUUGGUUUUCCGCGCCCGACUGCACGAGUGCGAGGAAGCCAUGCUCGCUCUCGGUCUACCCAGUGUGCUUCCAACCAUUUUGAACGGUGUCGGAUCCGGUGAUAGCGAGGGUGAAAAUGACCUAGUUCUCCGCCACGCAGCUAUGUUUUCCAUCCAGUAUGCCAGUGCCAUGUCGUGGAUUGACUCUGGGGUCAUUCCGCAGGCAGUCUGUGGCCAAUCCUUUGGCGAGUGCGCGGCACUGGUCAUUACGGGGGGGUUAACGCUCGAAGGUGGCAUGAAGUUUAUCACGGGGCGUGCCUCUAUCCUCCAGAGACUGUGGGGACCGGAUAUAGGUUUGAUGAUGGCCAUCGAAGCCGAUCUCGUUUCCUCGAACAUGACUUCCAUGCAGCACCUGCAGCAAUUUACUGAUAAAUACCCUUCCGGAAGGGUCGAGGUUGCGUGCUACAACGGACCAAACAACUACGUUGUCGCGGGAAGCACGCAGGACGUGGAGGCUCUGGAGACGUACCUGCGACAAUACAAAUCAAACCUCACAAACAGGAACAAACUCCGCUUCAAGGUGUUGAGGGGGAUAUACGCAUAUCAUUGCCACAUGGCAGAUUCGAUCUUGGAUGCUUGUGCCCAAUUAUCGACGUCGAUUCCACUACAGCGCCCAUCAUCCGCCUUCGUGUCAUGCCAUGAUUCAGGCCACGAGGAGGACUGGACGUGUAUGGACCCAACCGCUAACAUUAUUGGUCGCAAUACCCGAGACCCCAACUAUUUCGGAGAUGCAAUUCAUCGCAUCGUCGCACGGUUAGGCCGGUCGUGUGCAUUCGUAGAAGCGGGCUUCGGGGGCCCGAUUACCGCGAUGGCGCAGAAUGCUCUGGCGACAACCGAGCAUGACCAUACAUUCAUCGCACUCAAUGGCGUCGAUCCACGGCGAUCGCUCGCAGCUGCGACGGCCGCUCUAUGGAAGACCAGUCGUGGGGUUCAGUUCUGGCCGUUUCACCGAAGCCAGUUGGCCAACUUCUUGACGCCUCAGGGCCGGAGCGUGGAUCUGCCUCCGUACCAGUUCGAGAAACAUCGACACUGGAUUGAAUAUAACCCUUCCGGCCCGGAAACGGAUGACGAAUACAGAUUAUGUCCUCAUUGCCACAAGAACGUUAUUGAUUUCCCAUAUAUUGUGCAAGAACCCCCGCAGUCCCAGUCGGACUCCGAUUCUACCAUGCGGUUCAGCAUCGACACGCGCAGUCAACGAUAUCAACAACUAAUCAGCGGUCAUGUGGUGGUUGGAAGCCCAUUGUGCCCGGCGGGAAUGUACUUGGAGCUGGUCGCCCAUGCGGUUCGUUUGCUGCAAGAUAUAAGUGACCAAGAGAAUGAGAUCGGCUUUGAAGCCGUGGAAAUUAAAGCGCCGCUGGGUCUGGACACGCAGCGCAACGUUAGAUGUACCCUCAAUAACACGCAGGAGAGGGGUUGGCGUUUCGAAGUACUCUCCACACCCAAAGACGAUAAGAACGCACGACCGACGUCCCACUGCACUGGUAUCGUCUACUACGGCAAGGUCCAAAGUGAUAAGAAUGCAGACGCAGACACAACCAACACAUGGACACACAUGUCCCACUUGCUCGAGGACCCGGAAACCGAGGCUCUGCGCGGAGCAAUGGUGUAUAGAAUGUUCGCCACGUUGGCCACUUACUCACCUCCGUACCGGGGGCUGCGAUAUAUAGUCGGCAAGGGCUCGGAAGGAGCCGGCGAGAUCGACAUGCCUACGGACAAGUCGGUGGUUGCUGCACCUAACGAGAAUGUCAUAGAUGCGUUACUCCUGGAUUAUUUCAUGCAAGUGGCCGGCGUUUUUGUGCACUCACUGCGUCAUGCGGAUCAGGAGGAAGGUCUCCAGUGUAACACGUCGUACAUCUGCACGGGAAUAGGACUGAUAAGGCCAGCGAAGGGAUCCCUCCAAGGCAGAAAGUAUCGCGCAUAUACACGGAUUGUGCGGGAGGACAGGAGGACUGUGUUGCUAGACCUGCUCGCGUUCGAUUACACCAGUCAGCAGAUAAUCUGGUCUGCUGAGGGGCUCCGAUUCACCGGGGUGCCUCGUACUUCCCUAGUGAAGACGCUGGCGGCGGUGAAUCCAGGGGUUUUAGAGGAGAUCGACGAACCACAGAAGCAGAAGCAAGAUUAUACUGUCCCGCCUACCCCGCAAGUGUCUAAAGAAGACGACGAAAUCCUGAUCGGAGUGCAACAGAUACUGAGUAGGUGUCUAGAUGUCCCCUUCGCUGAUGUGCGGAAAGAAGCAAUGCUAGAGGAGCUUGGCAUCGACUCGCUCGUGAGCGCCGAGAUUCUGGCCGGUAUCUCAGACCGAUUUGGCGUUGAUAUCUCUACCACCGAUCUUGUCACAGCUACAGAUGUGGCGGCGUUGUGUGAUCUUAUCUCGCCACAACGGCACGGCGGUGGACCGCCCAGCGACAACGAGUCCUACUCAAAUCCUGUCGCGGCAGAGGUCUGGAAGAACACUGUCAUACGCAUCCUCGGCGAUGUUCUUGAGCUAGAGACUGCAGAAAUCGACCCGAGUUCUAGACUUGACGAUCUCGGCGCCGACUCUCUAGUGGCUCCGGAAAUCAUCAGUAACUUGAAGGAGGCGUUAGGCGUCGACAUCCCAUUGGCAGACUUUGCCGGUACUGUGGACGUCAUGUCGCUCUAUGAGUUGGUUAGAAGUGCCCUGGGGUACACGCCAAGCAGCUCUUCUUCGUCAGCUCAGUCAGACGACACACCAUGCUCUGAUAUCGGACCGGCAAGUGACGACCCACCGGCAAACAAGUCAGUAGGCAAUACCAAUCUAGAAGAAUCCACGCCAGAUCCGCGCCCCGCGACAGCAACAUCCUUGCUCCUCCACCGUGGGAUAUCCUCAGCGCGCAAUCUCUUCCUCAUGCCCGGCGGUCCAGGCUACGGAACUGUAUUCACGCAGCUAGGCCAGCUCCUAGCCCAAACGUGCCCAUCCACCUCCACCUCCAUCUACGCGCUCAACAGCCCCUACACGCACAUCAGGCUCCCCUCCCCGGAAACCUCUACCCCAACCCAUGCCAUCCCCACAGUCCAAGACCUUGCGGCCAGCUACACCGCCGAAAUUAAACGUCGACAACCACAAGGACCCUACCUGAUCGGCGGAUACUCUUUCGGCGGGAUUCUCGCCCUCGAAUCCAUGCGCCAACUCCUCGAAGCAGGCGGCGAAGUCGAGAAACUGGUUUUGCUUGACGCGCCAUGCCCGUGCCCUCCUACGCCCUCCUCUCCAUACUCAAUUCGUAUGCCAGAUGGUUUACUACAACAUAUCUCCACAACAAGAGCCGCAUUUGGCGCGGGCGAUGCCUCAUUAGCACAGGAGCAACUCGGGCGGUAUUGCUUCACAGCUAUACCCCCACCUGGUGAAGGAAUGAGAAUUCCAGCCACGAUCCUCAUCUCCGCAAAACAAGGUGUCGACGGGACGUACAAGAGCCAAGAAGACAGGGGAUUCAGCGUCCCAGACUCGCAGCGCGGAGUGACGGAGUGGAUUCUCAACGAUAGAGCAGAUGGACCACUUGGUUGGGACUGGAUUAUGGGAGAUGGGAAUGUGACCGUGAUAAGGGCGGAAGGACAUCAUUAUAGUUUUCUGAGUGCGGGUUCGAAGAUGGAGGAAUGGGUAAAGCAGUUGGUUGACAUGCUAGAUGGGUAA